AGCUCCCCCUCGGGCGCGCGGCCGCAGCCGGCGGGGCCGGGCCGGGCCGGGCCGGGAUGGCGGCGGGGGCGGCGGGGGCGGCGGGGGCCGCGCGGGGCCGGGCCCGGGGCCGCUGACAGCCGCCGCCGCGCCAUGUACGCCAAGGGCAAGGGCUCCGGCGUGCCCUCGGACGGCCAGGCCCGCGAGAAGCUGGCGCUCUACGUCUACGAGUACCUGCUGCACGUGGGGGCCCAGAAAUCCGCCCAGACCUUCUUGUCGGAGAUCCGAUGGGAGAAGAACAUCACGCUGGGGGAGCCCCCCGGCUUCCUGCACUCCUGGUGGUGCGUCUUCUGGGAUCUGUACUGCGCCGCGCCGGACCGCCGGGAGACCUGCGAGCAUUCCAGCGAGGCCAAAGCCUUCCAUGACUACCGAGGAACGCUCCACGCUCUGCUCUGA